UCACAUAUCUAAUCUUCUAUACAUACAUAUAUUCUUACCUUACCCGUUCUUUCAUCUCUCUCUCUUUUCAUUGGCUCUUUCUUCUUCUUUUUUUGUUCGCACUUUUGUCUCUCUAGCUCUUCCUCUUGCAUCUCCUUCUUUUCUCCUUCUGCAAGGAGGAGCUGAGAUGGCGGAUUGCAACACCGGGAAUGGAGACUAUUUCGCUUCCCAAAACCAAGAGGCAACAUCCACAGGGAAGAAGUACGGUGGACUGGUGCCAAAGAAAAAGCCAUUGAUUUCAAACGAUCAUGAACGUGCAUUCUUUGAUUCAGCGGACUGGGCAUUAUGCAAGCAAGGUGCUGGAGUAAAUCAAAAAUCAACAGCGGCAGUAGAGACCUUGCAACCAAAACUACAGAGAACACCGCACCAACAACUGCCCCCAAGGAGACCUGCCUGCACAUCUGGUCGGGAUGGCGCGGGAGAGUAGAAGUGUUGAGGGCUUGAAGAAGUUGUGUGCUAUGUAGUUGAAAAAAUCUUAUUUGUCAUAAAUGGCAUACAAUUGUUGCAUUGGGCUGAACGCUUUAUAUGUUUGUUAGCUUCUAAUAAAAAGGUUUUCAUUCUGUGGUAAA